AUGGCCGCGCAUAGCUCGUCCGACUUCCUUCAAGGGGCCCUCGCCCUCGCCUGUACGCUCCCCGCUCCCUGCAGCGCGCAUUACUCCGCCUCCGCGCCCACCCUCUCCGCGGAUUCCGCCGUCCUCCCCGCCUCCGCGCUCCCCUUCUCCCCCCUCUCUCACUCCCUCCUCCGCAUGAGCGCAACCACCAAGCCGCUCGCGCUCCGCGCCACCUCCCCCUCCCCGCUCCGCGACCUCCAGCAAAUCACCGAGCGCCACGUGGCACUCGCGCGCCAGUUCGCGCUGGGAUUCGCUCAGGAGGUGGCGGAAUCCGCACUCGACCACCUUGCUGACGUGUACUAUGCGCUGAUGCUGGUGGGGGAGCGGCUCCGCCUCCCCCUGCUUGGUUCCCCCUCCGCCUCCCCUUCCGCGGAACCCCUUCACCUGCUCAUGAAACAAUCGAACGCCCCCUUCGCAGCCAUAAUUCCCGGCGAUACUGUAGCGGAGCUGGUCGUCACACAGGGAAUCUACAGCUUCCUUAACCUCACCAUCUGCGACCCCUACCUGAACAUUUUCCGAGGGUUAAUUCCCCCAAUCGGGGGCACCCUCGAUCUAUCCCCGAUUCUGGCCUUCGUGGUGCUCAGCGCGUUCACCAACGCGUCUGCCGCCCUGCCCGCGGAAAUGCCCGAGGGUGAGGCUCCCGGGGGGGAGGGUGAGGCGGGGGGAAGGGGCGGAAUGCUGGGCGGCAGGCGCAGGCGUCCUGUGAGGCUGACGCGGGAGCAGAGGGAGAAGAUGCGCGCAGCGUCGAGAGCAGCUGAGCAGGGGCAGGAGGCGUAG